CACAGCAAAAACAACUCCAUGAAAAUUUGGGAUUACUCGACCACAUCAAUGAAGAAACUUCGAACCCGACUAAAUUCUAUUGCAAAAGUUUACCGUUGUUAUGGCGAGAAAGCGUAAAAGCAGUCCUGGCGUUAGAGUCGUUGGACGUAGAAUCUACGAUUCAAAAGAUGGCAAAUCCUGCCACCAGAGUGAUGCUUUCAAUGAAGCUAGUAGUAGUAGCACUAGUGAAUCUGUUCCAGUGACAGAAGUGGUUUCUAAAACAGAUGUUGCCAAGGAGAGGAAGAAAGUAUUCUGCAGGAGGAGCAUAAUGAGACAGGAUAGUCAGUUGAAGGCUCAGCUUCCUCAGGCUACACGCUUGACUUGUGUAUUAGGCAUUGAUAUACCCACUAUAGAAGCUGCAAAUAUAUGCCAGCUUUUCGAGUUUUGCUCUGCCUUUGGAAAGGUUCUUGGUUUAAAAGAAGGACAAGCUGAAACUGUUGUCAGUGAGCUGUUUGUAUGUGGGCGGAACACAAGGAGUAACCAAUGCUGCUCUAUUAUCGAGAUGAUGAUUCAGUUGUUGGACUUAAUAUCACAAGAUAGAGAGAUGUCUUGGACUCUAAGUGCAUCUGACAGCAGUUGGUUCACUGCUAUUGGAGAGAUAGUAUUGGAGUCACAAGUUUUGAGAGAUGAUGAGUUCCCACCUGAAACUUUUGAAGCUGGUGUUGCUGAGUACGAGAAGAUGGAUGCAUCAAGAAAGCUCAAGCUUCUAAUUUUUCUAUGUGAUGAAUUACUUAGCACACAGCCAAUAAGGGAGUACAUUAAAAGCCAAACAAAAGAGUGUGAACAACAUAAUAAAGAAGCUAAAGAAAAGGCUGCAACCGCCAAGAAAAAGGAGAAGCAACUUAAACAGAAGAUGCAAGGUGAUGUUGCCAAAGCCAUUAUGGAAAAAAAUGGAGCUCCAUUUUCCAUUGAGGAACAUAACUUAAUUAUAUCUCAAAUAAGAGCUGAAGCUAAUGAAGCUCACAAGGAGAUGAUGGAAGCAAAAGCUAUACGUAUAUGUCAUGCACGUAGAACUGAACCAAUCAUGAAGGAUGAUGAUAAUGGUCUUGUUCUUUGGAAACUGAAGUGUUAUGAAGAAGAAGAAUCAAAGUUUUUGCUUCAAGAUCUAGGAGCAUAUGAUAAUUUGUGGCGAAUUGAAAGAUGGUUAGCUUUUAAGCCUGAACAGACACUAGAGAUAGAGAAAUGUCUCUCGUACAAGAACAAGAGAAGAAGAGGAUGAUGUCUCUUCGGGGAUGAGGAUGCUGAUAAUGGAACGAUCUAGAAGAUGAGGAUGCUGAUGAUGAUGAUGAUGAUGAUGAUGAUGAUG